ACCCUCAACCUCAAACCUGCGCUUCCUGAUUUCUACAACAUCCUUCUCGAACGACCGCGCGGCGACGCCAACGGCUACGGACCUCCAGGCGCUGGGGCUGACCUUGUCCACGGGCACCAACAGGUGGUGGGCCAGGCGGGAAAGUUGACGAUCGCGGUCUGCUCGGACAGGGAGAUCGCCUACGGCGAAGAGCUGACGAUGGACUACUGCUCCUUCACCCACUCGGAAGAGGAGUACCUGGCCGCCGUCUGUCUCUGUGGCUCGCACAUUUGUCGGUGA